CGCAGCAGUCAAAUGUCAAACACUAAAGGAUAUUUAUUUCGAUGUUGUUGCUAUGAAGUGAACGCGGAAACCAAAAAGUGUGUUAAGAGAUUUCGACCCGUACAUGGAAAGCGUGUCUUCUAGUCAUUUUGCCGUUCCUCGAAAGAAAACCUGCACGAGAAACUCGACUGGGAAUAGAAAUUGCUUGGCCCUAGUCCAACAACGUUCAUUCGGUUUUCAGACCUCUGGCAAAAAGGAUGGUCUUGCUUUCCCCAGCUAAACGUCAGUGAUAUCGAUCCGGAAUGAAACGUAAAUACAAACUGCUAGCCUAUUCCCUGUUAUGGGUUUUCGGCGUAGGCUUGUUUGUUUGCAUGUUGGGAAAUAAGAAGGAUGUUGGAAAUAAGGCUCUGCGGCUAAAGCUGAAAAAGGAUGAACUUGCUGCCAUAGACCUAACUGUUUUCAACUCAUCUUUGGCAUAUUUCAACGAAAAAGCAUACAUCUCUAAAGGACGACUGAAACCUGGAGAAGAUGCUUAUCAUAAUAAUAAAUUCAACCAAGAAGCUAGUGAUGUGUUAGAGUCUAAUCGUGUUAUCCCAGAUUACCGGCAUAGAAAAUGCCUUGAUUUAGAAUUUCCCAAGGAUUUACCUUCAACUAGUGUAAUUAUUACCUUCCAUAAUGAAGCCAGAUCAACAUUAUUGCGCACAAUUGUUAGUGUGCUCAACCGAAGUCCUGCUCAUCUAAUCAAGGAAAUCAUCCUUGUUGAUGAUUUCAGCAAUGAUGCUAGUGAUGGAAAAGAACUGGUCCAAAUAGAGAAGGUUAUAUUGGUGCGAAAUUCGAAACGCGAAGGCCUAGUCAGAUCUCGCGUCAAAGGCGCCGAAGUUGCAACAGGGGAGUUUCUAACAUUUUUGGAUUCUCAUUGUGAGUGCAACGAUGGCUGGUUAGAACCGCUGCUCGCUCGUGUAGCCGAAGAUCGAACGAGAAUUGUUUGCCCUGUCAUUGAUGUAAUAGCAAUGGAUAGUUUUCAGUAUAUUGCAGCUUCAACUGAACUCCGAGGAGGGUUCGAUUGGAAUUUAGUUUUUAAAUGGGAGCUAUUGCCGGCUGAAGAAAAAGCUCGCAGGAAGAACGACCCGACUAUACCGAUUAGAACACCUAUGAUUGCUGGUGGAUUAUUCGUCAUUGACCGCAAAUAUUUUCACAAGCUAGGUGCCUACGAUCUUCAAAUGGAUAUCUGGGGAGGCGAAAAUCUGGAGAUUUCAUUCCGCACAUGGCAAUGUGGUGGCCGCUUGGAAAUCGUUCCUUGCAGCAGAGUAGGUCAUGUUUUUCGUAAACAACACCCGUACUCUUUUCCAGGUGGUUCCGGAACGAUCUUUGCCCGGAACACUCGCAGGGCGGCGGAGGUUUGGAUGGACGAGUACAAAAAGUACUACUUUGCUGCCGUGCCAAUGGCUAGAACCGUGUCGUUCGGAAACAUCACCGACCGCCUCGCACUUCGCGAGAGUUUGGGUUGCAAACCUUUCAAGUGGUACGUUGAAAACGUAUAUCCCGAGCUAUUGAAGCAUUUGCCCACAGUGCGUGACCCAAGUGGUACUAACUCAGGUGCCAUAAAAUAUAAAUCGCUGUGUUUCGACACCUACGGCCGCGGUGCCGGCAGCCAUAUUGGCCUAUAUGCAUGCCAUAUGACGGGUGGCAAUCAGGCAUGGCUGUACCUUGCUGGUCGAUUACGUCAUGGCUCUUGGUGUCUGGCGCCGCCUAACCCAGCAUACAUUGGAGCCCAAGUAAUCACAUUGCCCUGCAGCUCCAGCAACGAUCAGCUGUGGGACAAACUGGAAAGGGGCCAAUUGCGUGGUGUUACCGUCAUUCACAGACUCUCCAAUCUAUGUCUUGACGCACGAAAUGCUCAAGAAAUUACCGUACAGGAAUGCAAUCCACAGCUAGAUACCCAAGAGUUCAUAUUUACUCGCUGAGAACUAAUCCUUUCAUUUAUGGCAAAACGAGAUCCAUGGACUUCUUUCUGACGUACGCAACCAUCGUAAAUGAUCCCGCUGAAAAUCAACAACGUUCUAGUCACAGACAGAUGGAGCAGCGUCUUCAUUGAUGGAGCUUGAAAUUUGUGCCAGACCUUAUAAAUUUACCUUUUUACAUACUCUUGACUAUGAAUACAAUUAUAGUGCCAUUA